CUGCUCUGAAGUGCAGAUGAAUUCAUUGAGAUUUGAAGCACGGUUCAGGAGGAAUUCACGCUCUGUGCAAGUUCAUAAUGUGUCUUCAGUGAAAGUUGUUAGUCAUCAAGAGAUGGAGACAGUCGCCCUGGUUGCUCCAGUCACUGGUUUGGAGUUUUUACAGGACGAGUUUCUACUGACAGGUGAGGGUCCAGUCCUGUCAGUGUACAGCCUUCAGCCUCGUCCUAAAGUCUGCGCAUCACUGCGUGUCCUCCAACACUACAGAAUCCACGGAAUAAGACCCAGAAGUCAACCAGCUCAGAGCUCUGCCACAGCGGUCCAGAGAGAGAAGAAACAUGAGCGCAGCUUCUAUGACUUGGCAGUAUUUGGAGGGAAGGCUGUGCGGCUGGUGAGGCUCCACGUGGCUCUUCAGGAUGGAAAUCAUCCUCAUUUGGAGAUCCUUGGUCCCCUCAUGGAGCUGCAGGACUGGGCCCUGGAUGUCCGAUGGCUCCCUGGAGACAAACAGCCGCUGCUCUGUGUGGCUGUAGCCCACAACAGUGCUCUUCUCCUGGACGUCGAUACAGGAAAUGCCUUGGCUCAGCGCUCCUGUCUGGAGGGGUGUCUGCUGUACUCUGCCCUCCUUCUGGUGCAUGAAUCCUGGACUGACACCAUCUUAGUAGGAGGGACUGUUUUCAACCAGCUGGUUGUCUGGAAGCCGGGAGACAAAAGCAGUGAUUCUGAUCACAAAGCUCCAGUUGAGCGGCGCCUGUUGGGCCACACCGGGGUCAUCUUCAGUAUUUCUUACCUCCAGGAGAAAGGAUAUCUGGCUUCGGCCUCUGAUGACCGCAGCGUUCGGAUUUGGGGCGUUGGUGCUUUGGGCGGCCCCGGGGGGAAAUGUGGGGACUUGAACCCGGCUUGUUUACGGGUCCUAUAUGGACACCAGGCCCGGGUGUUCUCAGUGCGUCUCUCUCCAGGGAAAGUGUUCAGUGCUGGCGAAGACGGGGCCUGUUUAGUCUGGGACUGGGCUGCAGAUGGGAAGGUGGUUCGCACGUUGAAGGGACAUCGAGCUGGAGGGGUUCGCGCACUGGCGGUCAGCGAGGGAGCAGGAAAUGAAGAGAGGUGGGUGGCGACAGGGGGAGCAGAUGGAGGGGUGAGGCUGUGGAAGGUGGAGGACAGUGAAGGGAAGCAGGAUAGUAUGGAGGAGGCAGCGACAGACAAGCUAACUGAUCUGAAAUUUCCCAGUCAAGGCCUGCCUAAAGCAGUUUGUAUAGCAGUCGAAGAGGAUGAAAACACAAGCUGGAGUCGGACUAAGUUUGUGGUCUGCACCGACAGAGGAAUAGUUUGCCAGUACAGUGAUGGGAAGUGGGAGACGGUGUGGCAGGGGACUCCGGAGUUCCAGUCCUACUGUGUGAUGGAAACAGUAACUGUACGUGUGAAAAACUCAAGUGCCAGAGUUCACUUGUGUGCUGUGGGAAACCUCACCGGGUCCCUACAGGUGUUUCUGACUUCUCAUCCUCAGUCUGGGGUUCUUCUUACAUGUGGAGCAGGAAAGAUCCACAGUCUGAUUUGGCACAAGGGGAAAGAAAGUGUGCAUUUGCUCGCAUCGGGCGCUGAAGGACUUGUCUAUCGCUGGUGUAUAGACGUAAAACUUGAUGAACACGACUCCUUAGCUCUCAGCGUAGAUCCUCUUCCUCCUUUCCUCCUUCCUCCUUGUGCGAAGCGUUGGCUUACAGCUGCAGUGGGCCUCCAGUCCAGGUCACAGGAGGUGCUUUGGGUGUGCGGAGACAGGAGAGGAUCCUUGCUUUUGUUUCAGGAAAAAUCAGAGCCGAAGACGGGAGAUGAUGAUGAUGAGGAGAUGAGUGAAGGUGAGCUCAGAGACGGGAAGCAAACUGGUGAUAACGAAGAGGAAGCUGAGGAAAGUGGAAGCAGCGGAGGUGGGAAAGUGCAGGAACUAAAGCUGCAGCUGCUGAGCUGUUUGUUUGGAGUGCAUGGAAAGCAGGGUGUCACCUCAUUGUGUGAGUACCACGGACUGCUGUACAGCACCGGGAGGGACGGCUGUGUGAGGGUGUUCAGAGUGCAUCAGACAACAGCAGAAAAACCCGAUGAGAGUAAACUAAACUGUAUUGGAAAGAGUGUAGAGAGCAAAGAAGGGCUUCAGCUGGAGGUUCUGAGAGUCCAGCGGGCCUGUAAGGGUAUGGAGUGGCUGGAGAGGAUUCUGUUUCUUCAACCUGAACUCCCAGCUGAUGAGGAGGAGGAGGAUGAGGUCAGAGAGGAAGAAAACAAGGGAAGGGAGGCCAGAUUUGUCAUCGUUGGCUUCCACGCGGUCCACUUUGUGGUUUGGGACCCGGUGCGACAGGAGAGGCUGCUAGUGGUGCCCUGUGGUGGGGGGCAUCGCUCCUGGAGCCUCUGGCCGUCCCACACGGGGGUCUGGCCCGGAUAUGGAGCUUUGGUCUUCAUCAAGCAGGGCUCUGUGCUGGUUUCACAACCCCCUGGAGAGGCGCUGGGCUGGGCCGGGAGGGCAGGAGGGACCGGAGGGUGGAGCCUGAGAGAGGGCGUCCACGGGAGGGGGAUUGGAUGUGUGUGCAGGCUGGGGAGGGUGGGGGAGUGUCCUGGAAAUACAAGUGAAAUUAAAGGAGAUGAGGUGGAAAUGAGAGAGGAAGUGCUGUGGGAGAUAGCGGUGACGGGAGGAGAGGACACUAGCUUGAGCGUCCUGGCAAUAAAUCCCACUUCUGGCAGCGUCAAAGUUCUCUCCGUCAUUACCGACCACAUCUCGAGCGUUCGCACGGUGGCAGCAGUGACGCGUCCAGACGGAGGAGGUGGAAACCAGACAAACAGUCUCUCUGCGCUGCUGGUGUCCGCCGGAGGCCGAGCUCAGAUCCAGUGUUACCGGCUGCUGGUGGCGUGGGACAAACAGAGACUGGCUCCUUCCUGUCAGGUGAUCCAGGUGGCCAGUCACCGAUUGGACGAACAGUGGGAGAGGAGGCGGAACCGACACAAGACGGUGAAAAUGGACCCAGAAACAAGGUACAUGUCUGUCGCCGUGGUGGAUGAAAAGGCCGACUGUGUUCUUCUGGCUCUGUCCUGCAGUGACGGAGCUGUCAGAUUGUUUUCAGUCAGUGAAGUGAAAAAUAAAAUCGAUUUGCUGUGGGAGACGUUUUACCACCAGCGCUGUGUGCUCAGUGUCGCCACCUGCAGUCUGCAGGAUGACAAAGGCAACAGGUAUAAGCUGCUGUUCAGCGCUGCGACGGACGGGAAAAUUGCAGUGUGGCAUUUGACUGAAGCUUCAGCCUCAUCUGCGGACAGUUCGAGUGGCGCUGCAGCUCCACCAAUCCCCUGCCUCGACAUCCCCGCCCACCAGAGCGGCGUCAACUCAUUGGCUGUUUGGGCGGAGGAGCCGGGACAACAAGAGGACGGUUGCCUGGUAACUGUUGCUAGCGGAGGGGAUGAUGGGCAGCUGACAGUGUCCACAAUUAGGGUGCAGUACCCAGAGGAAGGGAGGACUGGAGGCAGCAGAGGGUUUUCUCACAUUGCCGAGUCCCAAACACAGAUUCAGGUCCUAAACCAGCUUCAGCUUCACCUCCACCACCAGUCCAGCAUCCCGCUGGCCCACGCUGCCCCCCUGACCGCCCUGAAGCUCCUGAGCCCCGGCCUCGUGGUCUCCACAUCCUCGGAUCAGAGGGUUUGCCUGUGGAAGGUCUGCGGUGCCGGCAUCAGCCACCGCGGGGCGCUGUUCUCCCACGUUGCGGACGCUGCAGGACUCGCAGUGUGGGAGGGAGGUGAAAAGGGGACGACGGGAUUUGAGCAGGAGAUUGCAAUUUUGGGAGGAAAACAGAGGCAGGGAGGAUUAGAGGAAACAGCUGGUAGAGAACCUGUUGAGGCCGAUAACGCAGUUUGUAGGACCAGCGGCGACAAACAAGGCGAGACGACCGCUUAUCCGGGAAAUCAAACCCAGAACAACAGCGUAGGUGAGACAACAAGUGACGUAAACACUGAGGCAGGUUUGAAGGUUUCCUGUAGGAGCAGGAGCAGCAGAGCGGAGGUGGGAUGUGUGCUGGUCUGCGGUCAGGGCUUCCAGCUGCUGCGAGUCCGAAACGUAGAGACGGAUGAAGAGAUGUGGGGAGAGAGCCGAGGCAAGAAGGAAGAAGUGAACCAGCGAGUUAAAGUGACUCCAAGAAAAUAGUCGACACAAAUGGAACCAAAAGCCUUUUUCACAUUUUUAAAUUAUGUGUAAAAUCAUUUGUAAAUUUUCUCGACUGCAGCUGGAUCAGUUGAUAUUAAUUCAGUUUUACUUUGGUAAUUUUUUAAAAUAAAGUUUAUUUAUUCUC